CCUCCCGCCUCCGGCCGGAAGUGGCAAGCGGAGGGAGGAAGAAGCUGCCGAGGAGGCCCGACCCGCAGGCAGACACAGGCCCGGGGGGGGAGGGGGCCGCCAUCAUGGCGGCGGCCGAGGCCUUCGUGUCCCGCCAGCUGGGCCUGCUGCAGGAGGAGCGCCAAGCGGAGAUCGACGAGAGCAGGAGCUGGCAGAAAAAUGUCUCGCUCAAGGAGCUGCAGCGUCGAGGCGUGUGCCUGUUGAAACUCCAUGUGACCAGCCAGAGGACGGGGCUGUACGGCCGGCUGCUGGUGACCCUGGAGGGCCGGAAGCGGGGCUCUGGCUCGGGGCUGCCCGCCAACAGCUUCGGCCCCGGCGACAUCGUGGGUCUGUGCACCGCGGCGAGCGAGGAUGCUGAGCAGGCCAGGGGGGUGGUGACCCGGCUCACCUCUGAGGCCGUCACUGUGGCAUUUGAGGAACCACCAGGGGGCCAGCUGAGUUUGGACCCAGAGAGCACAUUCAGCCUGCUCCGCCUGGCCAAUGAUGUCACAUACAAGCGGCUAAAGAAGGCUUUAACCCGGUUGAACCAGUACCAUUCCGGUCCCGCAUCCUGCCUGAUUGAUGUUCUCUUCGGCUCAUCUGAGCCCAGUGACCCCACUCAGAACCGCCCCACCGUGUUCUUCGACGAGGCCCUUGAUGCAUCCCAGAGGGAGGCCGUGACCUUUGCCCUGGCCCAGAGGGAAGUGGCUGUGAUCCACGGUCCUCCGGGCACGGGGAAGACCACGGCUGUGGUCGAGGUAGUGCGACAGGCCGUUCGCCAAGGCCUCAAGGUGCUGUGCUGUGCCCCGUCCAACACCGCGGUGGACAACCUGGUAGAGCGCUUGGCCGGGCACCACGAGCGGGUGCUGCGCCUGGGCCACCCGGCCCGCCUGCUGGACUCCACCGUGCGGCACUCCCUCGACGCCGUCCUGGCUCGUGGCGACGGCGCCCAGCUUGUGGCGGACAUCAGGAAGGAUAUCGACCGGGCUUUGGCCCAAACGCGGAAGACUCAAGACAAGGGGGAGAAGCAACACCUGCGGAGUGAAGUGAAGGUGCUGAGGAAAGAACUGAGGGAGCGGGAGGAGGCGGCCAUGCUGGAAACCCUCACUAGGGCCAGCGUGGUGCUGGCCACAAACACGGGGGCUUCUGCCGACGGGCCGCUGAAGCUGCUGCCCGACGACUACUUCGACUUGGUGGUGAUCGACGAGUGCGCGCAGGCCCUCGAGGCCGGCUGCUGGAUCCCCCUGCUCAGGGCCCGCAAGUGCGUCCUGGCUGGAGACCACCAGCAGCUGCCCCCCACCAUCCUCUCCCAAAAGGCAGCCACACAGGGCCUGGCAGUCAGUCUGAUGGAGCGCCUCGUGGAGGAGCGGGGCGAGAGCGUGGUACGCAUGCUCACCGUGCAGUACCGCAUGCACCAGGCCAUCAUGCAGUGGGCCUCCCAGGAGAUGUACGAUGGCCGGCUCACUGCACACCCGUCCGUCGCCGGUCAUCUCCUGAGGGACCUGCCCGGCGUGGCCUCCACCGAGGAGACGGGGACCCCGCUGCUGCUAAUAGACACUGCAGGCUGUGGCCUGCUGGAGCUGGAACAGGAAGAUGAGCAGUCCAAAGGAAAUCAAGGGGAGGUCCGCCUUGUCGGUCUACAUGUCCAGGCGCUGGUGGAGGCUGGUGUUCGAGCAGCUGACAUCGCCGUCAUCGCCCCGUACAAUCUCCAGGUGGAUCUGCUCAGGCAGGACCUCAUGCCGAAACACCCCGAGCUGGAAGUGAAGUCCGUGGAUGGCUUUCAGGGAAGAGAGAAGGAGGCUGUCGUGCUGUCCUUCGUCAGGUCUAAUAGAAAAGGGGAAGUGGGUUUUCUGUCCGAAGCCCGGCGGAUCAACGUGGCAGUGACUCGGGCCCGGAGACACGUCGCGGUGGUCUGCGACUCCCGCACCGUUGGCACCCACCCCUUCCUGAAGAGACUGGUGGACCACCUGUCGGCCCACGGGGAGGUCCGCUCGGCCUUCGAGUACCUCGACGACUUGGUGCCUGGGAACUAUGCUGGAGACGGCCGGCAGGGCCGAGUCCCGGGCCCCACCGCCCCAACUCCCCCGGGGGCCCCGGCCUCCAGCAGGGCACGGCAAGGGGGUGGCCCGAGAGCCGUCCCCACCCGGAGACCCCGCAGGGGGAAUCCUCUGGCCCAGACGCCCCAGAGCACGGGUCCCGGGUCCACGAGCCACGCACCCGGCGGCCUGGUGGUGGGGGAUGCCGCAGAGGCUGAAGCGGAGGUGAGGGAGGCCUUGGGGAGGUGGCGGGCAACCGUGCUGAAGUUCCUGGAGAGCCGCGAGAGCCGCCUGGAGUUUCCCCCGUCCCUCAGCUCCCAUGACCGGCUGCUGCUCCAUCAAAUCGCCCAAGAGCUGGGCCUGAGGCAUGAGAGUCAAGGACAAGGGAGGAAGAGGUUCCUCACCAUCAGCCGCAUAGAGCCCCCAGCUGAGCCUCAUGCUGAGACCCCAGCUGAGACCUCCGCUGAGUCUGCUGUGUCCCCCGCUGAGUCUGCUGUGUCCUCAGAUGAUCCCGUGCUCCCUUCCGCCAGGGAGCGGUUCCCACCUGGAUCUCCACCUCCUGGGGAGCAGCCCCCACCCGGACCAUCACCUGUCGGAAAGCAAUCCUUGCCUGAGCCUCCACCCGCCGGGGAGUGUCCCCCACCCGGGCCUUCACUCCUUGGAGAGCAGCCCCCGCCUGGGCCUCCACCUGCCGGGGAGCGUCCCCCACACGGGCCUUCAACUCCCGGGGAGUGCCCCCUACCAGGACCUCCACCCGCAGAGGAGCGGCCCCAGCCCGGCCCUCCCCUAGCCAGCCCCCGGGACCCCGUGAACCUGAAAGCCCUGCACCUGGAGAGGAUGAGGAGACGAGCCGCUCUGCAGGAAACCGUCAAACUGCUGCCUCCUGGGACUUUGAGGCCCCUGGUGGCAGCAGGCCAGGAGAAAAAGGGAGCCCGAGGGCGAACGGAAAAGGCAGGAGCAGUGGCGGCCAGCCCGGGGGAAGAAGACUUUGACGAGUUGGUUGCUGCUGCCAUGAAGGCGGACAGGACGUGUGCAUUCCCCAAGUGCCGAGCCAGCACUGCCACCUUGGGUUUCCUCUGCCUGCACUGUAAUCGUCGCUACUGCCCCGCACACCACGUCCCAGAGGUGCACGGUUGCGGGGAGAGGGCCCGAGCCUGUGCCCGCCGCAGGGCCAGCAGAGAGGCAGCCGCCGCCACCUCCGGCAGCGGCCCCAAGGCCCGGGGUCUGGACUCCACCCAGCGGGCCUGCCUCCAGAGGAAACUGGACAAGAAGCUCAGUGCAUUGACUGACCAGAGGAAGACCAAGAAAUGGGACAAAGAGAAAUGAGAAGACAAGAAACAUCCCCUUCCCCUGCCCAGGCAGUGCCCUUUGUGGAGAAAAUGAGAGACGCC